CAUCGCUCACACAAGCUGAAGGAGCGCGCUCAGGUGCAGGUCUGGUAACGUGCGCGCUCUGUGCCUGCGCUCUGACGUCAGAAGAAGGAGGAAGUCAAGCGUUGUUCCAUAAUGGCGACAGGGAGAGGGAAGAUGAGGUUCGGGAUGUGAAGGAGAGCGGCCUUUCCUCGCUUCCUCGGCCUGGGUGCGUAUAUGGGAUGCCUUGGCAAGAUGACGGAUUGCGGCUUCAGCCUGUUUAUUCCUCAUCCCAUCAAAAAUCCUUGGAAAAGAUGAGGCGACUGCGCUAGCUGCAGGGAGGGGGAAGUAAAAACUGCAUUUCAAUGGAUACAAAGUACAAGGAAGACCUCUUUAGAAAAUAUGUACAGUACCACGAGGCCAAACUGGAUGCGCCUGACAACAAGCAGCGUACGGUCAGCGACGAGUAUCUUCGCACGGCGGCGUCGGCCUUUCUCAGCCUCCCAAAAGUCGAUCCCCUUUAUCGAUUCCGGCUGAUCCGAUUCUACGAAGUUUGUGAGAAUUCCCUGAAGUCGCUGGUGACUUCGAACCUACGUUCUCUGCACAAUGCGGCCGCCAUGCUUGAAACAAUUGGGAUUAACCUCUUCCUGUAUCCCUGGAAAAAGGAGUAUAAAAGUAUAAAGACAUACACGGGUCCAUUUGUAUAUUAUGUAAGAGCUGCACUUACUGAUGAUGACAUCAGGCAUAUUUUGCAUAAUAUGGGUUAUGUCCAAGAGCUUGGGCCAGUGUACAGGCUGAAAGACCAUGUGGACACCACACAAGUUAAGAAAGUUGCCUUUGAACUUUUCUUGGCGAGGGUUGAAUGUGAACUGCUGCUAGAAAUCUACUUACAAGUCAAGGACAGAGGCUACCUAGAAGUCGACGUCGUUAACGAAAGAAGGAACAGCAACGAGGACGUUCGGGGUUGCACGGACGAAAUGAAGAGGAGGGCCGAGUGCAAGGAAACUUUAAAUAUAUCUAUGGCAAGGAUGGUUCUUCAGAAAUCUGCCAGUGAGCGAGCCCCUUCAAAAGACUACUUCAAACCGAAGGUGACCAAACCAUCGAAAUCUGUUGACACGUACGAUAACUAUUGGGACAGUAAAAACAAGCCGCCUCUCAUACCAUCUUUAAGUCUGAGGAAAGAGACAAUUUUAGUGGACGCAGAAGAUGAUCUCAAAGAUGAAAUUAUACGACCCUCGCCUUCUUUGCUGACCAUGUCAAGCUCUCCACAUGGUUGUUCUGAUGAAUUUUUAAACCUUUCCUCCAACCCUAAUGGAGUCUUACGAUCAAACUCGACCUAUGGUUAUUACCCGCCCGAAGACGAAGUCGAUUUGUACACAGACCCGGACACUAGAAUGCAAAACCUUAAGAGGCAGGAAUAUGCCAAACCGGACGUGUGGCUAUUGAAAAACGAAAUGAACCCACUAUAUCACAAGCGUUCGCAUUUAGCCAAAGAGACCGCUUUCAUGAAGUGCCAAAGUUGCGGUGUAUUGUGCAGUGGCUCAUUGUGCCAAAAGUGUGAUAACGUACUCCUCUUUAGACCGGAUGUCCCAUCACACAAGCAGAGUAGCCUGUCAAUCAAAACCACAGGUCAGAAUGACAAUUACUCUUCCGGGUCCGUCCUGCGCGAGAAGUCUUCUUAUGGCUCGUCGUCCCAAGAGAGGGCUUCUCAGCAAAAUCCAAAAAUGAAGCCGUCAUCCACACUGCGCUGUGGCUUUUGCAACAGGCAAGGGGCCUCCAACACUUGCACAGUCUGCUCCAAAGUCUCGUGCAACAACUGCAUCACUGCAUACUGUCGGGAAUAUUGCUGCCGGAAAAGCGAUUUUCAUAAAUUUGCACCUAACAAUCAGCUAAAUUAUAAAUCAUCCCAACUGCCCCAUCUUGUUUUGAGAUAGACUUGCAACCUCUUGCUGAAUAAGGGCUAACAGGAUUCGCCAAGUCUCUGGAACAGGAACACACUGGACUUGACUGUUCAGGGAAGAGAAAUCUAUCAGUGUUUUUUUUUUUUUGUGUUUUUAGUUUUGGUGACGUCGGAAAUACUGUGGAUAAUUCUGGUUCUCGCUGCUACAAUUUGGUGCAAUAAAAUCCCUGUGGUUUUGCUGUAAAUCUUAAAAGUGCAUUUCCAGAAGGAAUUAAAUUUGAGAGCAUAUUCCUUUAAAAGACAUCUAGAGUAUGGUAGAGCUUGUUAUUGUCGGAAGUACAUUUUUUUUUUAUUGUCUCUCCUUCAGCCGUUUGCUGUAGGUCUCUAUACUUGUCAAGCACUUGGAGAUUUGCCAUUAAAAUGCCAACAUUUUGUCACACUUGCCUAAACCCUGAGAUUUCCCCCUGAAUAUAAAGACAGAUAAUCAAGAUUCA